AACUAAAUGAAGAACAGAUUGAGAUUAGAGAUGCUUUUUCAAAAGCGGAUAAAAAUCUGGAAGAACUAAAUAAAGAUCUAUUUGAGACUAAAAUUGAUAAAAUUACUUUCGCAUUAUCAAAUUCACAACAAAGGUCGCAACUUACAG